UGGAGAGGUGUGGCUGGACCAAGACCUCCCCCGAUGUGAGCAGGUUUCCUCCUCCCCCCACUGCCCGUUGCCACCACGCCAGGGAACGUCCUCAAGCCCUGGCCCUCAGGGGAGAGGUAACAGGAGCCCCGAGCCGAGACCAUGUGACGGCGCUGGCCCUCGCCACCGCCGUCCCCUCCACCCUGGCCCCAGGCCCGGCACCAUGAUGUUCCGAGACCAGGUGGGCAUCCUCGCUGGCUGGUUCAAGGGCUGGAAUGAGUGUGAGCAGACGGUGGCCCUGCUGUCACUUCUGAAGCGGGUCACUCGCACCCAGGCCCGCUUCCUGCAGCUCUGCCUGGAGCACUCGCUGGCGGACUGCAAUGACAUCCAUCUGCUGGAGUCGGAGGCCAACAGUGCUGCCAUCGUCAGCCAAUGGCAGCAGGAGUCCAAAGAGAAGGUGGUAUCCCUCCUGCUGUCCCACCUGCCCCUGCUUCAGCCAGGCAACACGGAGGCCAAGUCGGAGUACAUGAGGCUGCUGCAGAAAGUGCUGGCCUACUCGAUCGAGAGCAAUGCCUUCAUCGAGGAGAGCCGCCAGCUGCUCUCUUAUGCCCUCAUCCACCCAGCCACCACACUGGAGGACCGCAACGCACUGGCCCUCUGGCUGAGCCACCUGGAAGAGCGGCUGGCUAGCGGCUUCCGCACCCGGCCUGAGCCCACGUACCACUCACGCCAAGGCUCAGAUGAGUGGGGGAGCCCUGCAGAGCUGGGCCCUGGGGAGGCAGGGCCAGGCUGGCAGGACAAGCCACCCCGGGAAAAUGGACACGUGCCCUUCCACCCAUCCAGCUCAGUGCCGCCAGCCAUCAACAGUAUUGGGAGCAACGCAAAUGCAGGUCUCCCCUGCCAAAUUCACCCCAGCCCGCUGAAGCGCUCCAUGUCGCUCAUCCCCACGAGCCCCCAGGCCCCUGGUGAGUGGCCGAGUCCGGAGGAGCUCGGGGCCCGGGCUGCUUUCACCACGCCCGACCACGCACCCCUCUCGCCCCAGAGCAGCGUGGCCUCCUCUGGCAGUGAGCAGACGGAGGAGCAGGGCUCCAGCCGGAACACUUUCCAGGAGGACGGCAGUGGCAUGAAAGGUACGACAAGGGAGGGCAGCACUAGGACUCUCUGAAGAGAGGCUUCUGCAUAGCCUAGAGGACAGAAGGGAGCCGUGGUAGCUUCUACCUUCCUGUCCCAUCACCCUGUACCCUACCCUAGGCAGGGACAGGUCUGAGGGGAAGAGUGAGUCUCUGCCCUUAGGGCUCAAGACCGAGCAGAGAGAUCCCUCUAGGCCCUGGUCUGAUAGGGGAAAAACCCCUGCUCUCAGACACCCCAGCCUAACAAGGAAGCCAGAACACAGCGGUAGCUGAUGGAACAGAAGUUCCAGGAAGACUUUAGGGAUACCAGUGAAGUCAUCCUAGUACAUGGCCAGUCAAGCAGCUCAGAAGGGUCAGAUGUCCUGAUAUCAGGGAAGGCCACCUAGAAGGGUGUGACUGGGCAGGAGAAAAAGUGGCU